CUCUCUCUCCAAUGUCUCUGUCUCUCUAUGACCAGAGUAUUGGAGAAGCUCGGCGUAUCAGUCAUCGCCAAAUCAACGAAUUUGCUCGCAAACCUCUCUGUCUCCACUCUCCGACACUGCACGACGGUUGCACGUCUCCUUCUGGACAAAACCCUAGCGCUGCUGCCCCUCAUAUCAAUGGAAGAUUUAUUCUUCUCCGAGGAGGACUCCUUCCUCGACUUUGAUUCCAAUCAGGCUUCUACCUCUCAGCCCCUCAAGCAUAACCGCCUUGAAGAUGAUGAAGAUUACGACAACGAGAAGCUCUACUUCGUUCCUUACAGUUGGUGGAGGGAGACACAAAGUAAUGCUGAUCAUAUGGGAGGCAUAUUAUUUAUUGCGUCAUCAAAUGAUGAUGCUGAUGAUGAAAUUGUACUGAGUUUGAAGAAGGAAGGAGAUUCUGGAAGGCCUGAUGGUGGUGACGAAGUGUGCACUGGUCUGGAGUGUGUGUUCAUCCCUGAAGCAAUGUGGUUGCGGGCACUUAAAUGGCAUAAUGAUUCUACAGCAGCGGUAAGGGAUUUUGAGAUUUCUGAGGAUCAUUCACAGGAUGUUUUUCCCAUACAAAUCAGGAUUUCUCUUUCAAGGGCAACAAAUUCGUUGCUAGUAAAGAUCAAGUUGAAGGACAAUAUGAUUGAACAUUACAGGAAAGCCUGCAACAUUUUUAGCUCCAAGUCUGGACUGUUGCAUAUUUGGGACUUCUCGAGGCAGACAACCCAUUUUUUUGUGAACGAAAGAGUUAACUUCCCUAGCCAUUCUCCAGAACAGUCAGGUGAAGAGGUCCUACUACUAUUGCAAUUCUAUGGGUUCUCAGAUUCUGUUAAAGGUGGCAAUGAGAGGAAGGGUGAACUGGCUGAAUAUAAGAAAAUGAGAUCUUCCUACAGUGGCCCAGUUAAGAUGAAUGGGGAAACUGACACUGUAAAGUCUUAUUUAACUCUAUCAAACUCCUUUGUAUCUGGUUUGGGCAAUAGAGGAGCUGGUUUCUUGGGAUUGACUGGUUUACAGAAUAUUGGGAAUACAUGUUUCAUGAAUAGUGCGAUCCAGUGCUUGGCACACACUCCAAAACUGGUGGAUUAUUUCCUAGGAAAUUAUCAAAAUGACAUAAAUUAUGAAAACCCGUUGGGAAUGAAGGGAGCACUUGCUUUAGCAUUUGGAUAUCUGUUAAGGAGACUCUGGGCUCCAGGAGAACCCUCAGUGGCACCAAGAAUGUUCAAGUUAAAACUUGCUAAGUUUUCUCCUCAGUUCAGUGGCUAUAACCAGCAUGAUUCACAUGAAUUCCUUGCAUUUUUGCUCGAUGGUCUCCAUGAGGAUUUGAAUCGUGUGAAGUGCAAGCCAUACAUAGAAGCUAAAGAUGCAGAGGGUCGUCCAGAUGAAGAAGUAGCCGAAGAAUAUUGGCAGAAUCACUUGACCCGUAAUGACUCUGUCAUUGUUGAUUUAUGCCAAGGUCAGUAUCGGUCGAGAUUACUUUGCCCAGUUUGCAAGAAGGUGUCCGUUACAUUCGAUCCAUUUAUGUAUCUAUCACUGCCACUGCCUUCACCAACAAUUCGAAAUAUGACUUUGACAGUCUUCAGCACUGAUGGGAAUACAUUACCAUCUCCUGUUACAGUAACAGUUCCAAAAUAUGGCAGGUUAAAGGAUCUUAUUGAAGCCUUAAGUACUGCAUGUUCUUUAGGAGAUGAUGAGACACUGCUGGUGGCUGAGAUAUACAAAGAUCAAAUUUUUCGUUUGCUGGAGGAGCCAAAUGAUUCUUUAGCCUUGAUCCGAGAUGAUGACAAGCUUGUUGCUUAUCGGUUGCCCAGAGACGGUGAAGGACACCCCUUAGUUGUUUUUAUGCAUGAACGGGUGAAAAAAGGUAUUUUUGGGAGCUCAUUGCCAAAUUGGAGUAUGUUUGGCACUCCUCUGGUAGCACGAUCAGCUGACCUUUCUCAUGGAUUCAAUCUUCGUAGACAACUUAUGAAACUACUAAAUCCAUUUUUGAUGCCCUCUGAUGUCGUAAUAAGUGAUUGUGAUAACAUGGAAAAUACUGGUAAUGAAGUUUCUGAAAUGGAAGUUGUCAUGACGCCAACUUCUGACAUGGAAGAUGUCAUAACCCCAAAAGUACCUGAUACCAAUGGUAGUUCAGAUAGUGAGGAUAAUAAUAAUGAGCCACAAUUGAGUACUGAUUUCCGUUUCUUCUUAAAAGACAAAGAUGAUACGAGUAUUAAAGAGAUAAGGAUGAAUGACCCACUACUGGUCUCGGAAUUCAGGGAGAGGUUGAAUGUGCAUAUUUUUUGGCCUGAGGAGAUGAUUGGGAAGUAUGACAUAUCCCUUCUCAGCUCAUUGCCAGAGGUUUUCAAACCCCAGCUUUUCACAAGAAGACCCAUGGAUUCUGUUUCUCUAUACAAAUGCCUUGAAGCCUUCUUGAAAGAAGACCCUUUAGGACCUGAAGACAUGUGGAACUGUCCCAGCUGUAAGACGCCUCAGCAGGCCAGUAAGAAAUUAGAUCUUUGGCGACUACCUGAGAUUUUGGUCAUUCAUUUAAAGAGGUUCUCGUACAGUCAGUUUUUCAGGAACAAGCUGGAAACAUAUGUCGACUUUCCAACUGAUGAUCUUGAUCUAUCAACUUACAUUUCCUAUAGGAAGAGCGAGUAUUCUCAUCGUUACAUGUUGUAUGCAUUAAGCAAUCAUUAUGGAGGCAUGGGGGGUGGUCACUAUACUGCUUUUGUUAAGCUUGGGCACUGUACUUGGUAUGAGUUCGAUGAUGACAGAGUGAUUCCUAUUAGCCAAGACAGGAUUAAGACAUCUGCUGCUUAUAUCCUUUUCUACAGGAGAGUGACAGAUGAGUAAUCUAAAAGUACAUAAUCAUAGUCAAUUUAUUGGUCUCGAAUUUGGGUGAGGCCAUGACUGUUGUUCUCUAUGUUUUCUAUGAAUUAUCUGGUCUCUGACUUACAGUUUGGAAGCGGAUAUAAGAGAAAUAUAGAGAACGGAGAAAGAAGAUGAUGUAUCAUUGUAGAGGGAUGUACUACAGGUCUGGUAAACUCAUCUCAUAUCUUAUGUAUGCUUCUUAGGGAGACGUAUAUCAAAACACCCAUCAAACUUUUUGUAAAGGCCUAAAGGGUAUGGCUGUGCCUUUGAUAUACAUCUUCAUUUUUUGGGUAAGUUACAAUCUUCAUUUGCUACUUAAAAAUUCAGAAACAAGAAAUUUUUACAUGGGAUAUGUUUUUGUCCCACCCCUUCCCAA